AUGAGUACUAGUGUUUGUAAGCUAAGGUAUCAUCACGGGGGGAAAUUGUUGAGAGCUCCAACAGUUCAAUACAUAAAUGGGUCUGAAGUUGAGUAUGAUGAAGAUAUUGAUUGCAUUUGUUAUUGGACUGUACUAGGAGCAGUGAAGUCCUUAGGAUACGAUAUAGGGAUGGCAGUGAAAGUAUACUAUGUAGAGGAGGGGAAGCCUUUGGAUGGAGGGUUGAAAUUAAUAUUGGAUGAUAAAGGGGUUCUGGAAAUGACAAGUCAGUUAAGGAAGACUAAAGUUGUAGAUAUCUAUGUCGAGCACUUAGAUGAAAAGGUUAGUGGAACAAUGUUGCCUGGUGCUCUUAGGCAACCAAUAGAAGGUGCUGAACAAUCUGUCAGCCAAGGCAGUGAAGCAUGUCAGUUGCCCCGAACACCCUUUACACCUAGAUUUGAUGAUUCAGACACUAAUCCAGAAAGGGAUGAAAAUGAGAAUGAGAGUGAAUCUGGUGAAGAUCUAGCUGUAUUUAAGGAGGUACCUUCUGACAAAAAGGAUGAUAAAGUACCUUUUUCUUUGCGGAAACAUCUUUCUCUUGAAACCAACAAAACUAAAACAAUGGAGGGAGACAUUGAUGGUGAGUUAAUUUUGAGUGAAGGCAGAGAGGUCGAAGUAGCCUCUGAUGAAGAAGGUCUCAGAGGAGCAUGGUUUACUUGUACCAUUCUGAAACUCCUAGAGGACAAAACUAAAGGCAAGGUCUUGGUUCAGUACAAACACUUACUCGAAGAUGAUAAUCAAACGCCAUUAACCGAAAGUGUUGAGCUUUCCUUUAUUAGGCCAUUACCUCCAGAGCUCAAAAUCCCUGGUGAUCAGUGUUUUGAAAUAAACGAUGUUGUGGAUGCGUUUCACCUUGAUGGGUGGUGGACUGGUUCUGUUUCUGAAGUUAUUGACAACCUGAAGAGGUAUAUUGUGUCUUUUCCAGAUCCACCUGAAAAGAUUGAGUUUUCUUCUUCUAAUUUGAGACCUCACUGGAAAUGGGAUAAUGGAAGAUGGGUUAAACCCUCCAAAUUUCAGGAAGUUUCCUCUUCAGAUCGUCAAAAAUUGGAGCUAUCAUGCAACAUUGUCAGAGAUGCGGAGGCAAAUAUUCAGCUUGGAAGUCCUGAUGCUGUAAAAAGUAGCAGCAAAAAGCAUGAACAUUUCCGUGUAAUUUCUAAAAAGAAUAAGAUGAGUCCAUUGAUGGCAUCUAUAGAACCAGCAAAGAGUAAGCAAGUAAGGCAGUCAACACGUAAAGGUGAUUCUACAUCUUUACAUCCUUCCAAGAAGCUCAAACAUGAGAUGAAUCUGCAGAAGGAACAUGGUAUGAGCAGACAUCGGAAAGAAGAUGGUUUGCUGGAAAGCAGGCAACCAAAAUCAGUGCUUCGAAUCACCCGAUCUCCUCCUGUUGAAGCUGAGUCAUCUGUGAUCUCAGGGUUGGAGCUAGCAGGCUCUCAAACAAUGUCAAUAGAGAGGGCAUAUUCUCGGAGAAAAAUAACCAAGGUGGCUGGAGAGUCUGGCAGAGUUCUUCAAGAAAAGGAAGAGCAACCUCAAAUAAUAUGCCACGGAAAUGACUCGGGAGAUUUCCCCCCUGGAUUUGAAAAUCAAUGGAAUGAUCCAAGGGAGAAACCACUUGAAUCAAUGGUGCAGUCUCCUUUAGCUGGCUUGUCAGGUGACAAUGAGCGAGUGGAGGGUCAAGGUUUACCUUUUGUGAAGAGCCUAGAAAUCUGGAAAGCAGUUGAAUCUAUGGAAAUCUUCAAAGUCAUGCCUCAAAACCCGCAUUUUCGACAGCUGGUUCAAUCAAAAGAAAUUCUCCGUGAAGGUUUAGCUGUUGCUUAUACGUUGAACUUUGCAUCCUUGGUGCAGAAGACUUCUGAGUUGACAGUUGCUGGUCCUAGGAACCUUUUUACUACCAUUUUGGAUGUUCUUCCUGAAUUCGAAAUUCUUGGAUUCAAUGUGAAGGCAGUAAGGGACCGAACAAGUGAGUUGCUAAAGAUAAAAGAUAGACAUGGACAUCUUCAACAACAUUCAAAAGAAGUAGUACUGCAAGGAAAACAAUAUUCUGAUGAGUUAACCAAAAUAAAUGAAGAGAUCGAUGCAAACCAAAAGAGGGUGAGAGAACUAGAAGAAAAGCAAGCAUUACUGUUGCAGAGGAAGAAGAGUAAAAUAGCUGAAAUUGCCUCACUUAAAGUAUGUGCAGAUGAUACUACUAAAGACAUUCAAAAUGUCGAGGCCGAUUUCGAGAAUUUAGCGGGUAGUUCCUGGUAACUGAUCUCAUACUUGGAUAUUGG